CAGAGGUAUUCGGUGCAAGUUAAGGAAACAGUCUUGACUUCCUGAACAACUCCAAAAAAGAACAAGCUUCUUCUUUCAAUCAUGGAAAGGUGCCAGGAACUGAGACUUGUGCUUCUGGGUAAGACUGGAAGUGGAAAGAGCAGUUCUGGAAACCUCAUCCUGGGUGAACCAAAGUUCAAGGCUGCAAGUUCUCCCAACUCAACUACUCAUAAGUGUGAAACUAGAAAUGUUAACAGAAAUGGAAGAAGAAUCACUGUUGUUGACACUCCAGGGUUCUAUGAUACCAAGGUCUCUGAUGAAAAUCUGAAAGCUGAAGUAGUUAGAUGCAUCACUGAGUGUGCACCAGGUCCUCAUGCUUUUGUCGUUGUGAUGAGGGUUGAAACAUUCACGGAACAAGAGCUGGCCAUAGUGAAGAAGAUCGAAGACUCAUUUGGGGAAGGGGCCUUCAAACAUGCAGUUGUUCUUUUCACCCAUGGUGACCAGCUUGAUGAAGUAAAGAUUGAAAAGUUUGUAAGAAAGAGUAGAGAACUGAGAAGAUUUGUGGAGAGGUGUGGAAACCGAUGUCAUGUCGUUGAUAACAGGUACUGGAACAGCAAUGAACAUGAAUACAAAAACAACACGGUCCAAGUGGAAGAGCUGAUGAAGACAAUUGAGAAGAUGGUGGAACAGAACGGUGGAGGCUGCUACACUAAUGAGCUGCUAAAAAUGGUGGAAAAAGCCAAACAAGCAGAAAUGGCCAUCAUAAGAGCAAUGAACAGAGGGCUAUCGGAGGAAGAGGUGAAAAGAGAAGCUAAACAACAAACAUGGAAAAAACUUCUGAAAUACUUUGCAGGGGUUUCCACUGGACUAAUAAUUGGAGCUCUUCUUGGAACAGUUGUUGGAUUAGUCCAAGAUUUCAGUACUCUAGAAAUUAAAAGUAAAGUUACAAUGGGGGCUGUUGGGGGUGGUGCUAUCGGAGCAGCUAUAGGAUAUGUAGUAUCAGAUCAGGCAGAAACAGCAGGAGAAGCAGCAAAGCAAACAGCUGCAAAAAUAUGGGAAAAUAUCAAAGAUCUCAUUACCAAGAUGAGAAAAAGUGAUCACAGGAUGAACUAUUGUUGCCAGGAAAUGAGACUUGUGCUUCUGGGUAAGACUGGAAGUGGGAAGAGCAGUUCUGGAAACCUCAUCCUGGGUGAACCAAUGUUUUCUACAGUUGCAAGUUCUCCCCACUCACCUAAUGUUAAGUGUGAGACUGGAAGAGGUGAAAGAAAUGGAAGAAGAAUCACUGUUGUUGACACUCCAGGGUUCCAUCAUACUCAAGUCUUGAAAGAAAAAGUAAAAGCUGAAGUAGUCAGAUGCAUCACUGAGUGUGCACCAGGUCCUCAUGCUUUUAUCGUUGUGAUGAAGGUUGAAAUAUUCACGGAACAAGAACUGGCCAUAGUGAAGAACAUUGAAGACUCAUUUGGGGAAGAGGCCUUCAAACAUGCAGUUGUUCUCUUCACCCAUGGUGACCAGCUUGAUGAGAAAGUGAAGAUUGAAGAGUUUGUAGAAAAGAGUGAAGAACUGAGAAGUUUUGUGGAGAGGUGUGGAAACCGCUGUCAUGUCGUUGAUAACAGGUACUGGAAGAGCAAUGAACAUGAAUACAAAAACAACACGGUCCAAGUGGAAGAGCUGAUGAAGACAAUUGAGCAGAUGGUGGAACAGAAUGGUGGAGGCUGCUACACUAAUGAGCUGCUAAAAAUGGUGGAAUUGGCAACAGCAGUACGCAAGACUGAAAUAAUGCAGGAGAAGAAACAGGCAGCAGAUGAGCUUGGAACAGAGGCUAAAAAUCAAACACGGAGCAAACUUCUAAAUAGAUGUGCUGGAGUUGCUUCUGGGGCAAUAGUUGCAGCUCUGUGUGGAGUAGGUGUGGUGGUAGGAGUUGGUAAAUCAAAUGUAGCGGUUAUGGUGCCAUUGGUCUUAGUUGCAGCUAUGUAUGGAGGUACUGUGGGAUGGGAUGUGGCAAAACACACAGAAACACCAAGAGAAGCUAUAGAGAAGACAAGGUGCCGGGAACUGAGACUUGUGAUUUUGGGUAAGACUGGAAGUGGGAAGAGCAGUUCUGGAAACCUCAUCCUGGGUGAACCAAAGUUCAAGGCUGCAAGUUCUCCCAACUCAACUACUCAUAAGUGUGAGACUAGAAGUGUUGAGAAGAGAAAUGGAAGAAAAAUCACUGUUGUUGACACUCCAGGGUUCUAUGAUACUCAGGUCUCUGAUGAAAAUCUGAAAGCUGAAGUAGUCAGAUGCAUCACUGAGUGUGCACCAGAUCCUCAUGCUUUUAUCGUUGUGAUGAAGGUUGAAACAUUCACGGAACAAGAACUGGCCAUAGUGAAGAAGAUCGAAGACUCAUUUGGGGAAGAGGCCUUCAAACAUGCAGUUGUUCUCUUCACCCAUGGUGACCAGCUUGAUGAGAAAGUGAAGAUUGAAGAGUUUGUAGAAAAGAAUGAAAAACUGAGAAGAUUUGUGGAGAGGUGUGGAAACCGAUGUCAUGUCGUUGAUAACAGAUACUGGAAGAGCAAUGAACAUGAAUACAAAAACAACACGGUCCAAGUGGAAGAGCUGAUGAAGACAAUUGAGCAGAUGGUGGAACAGAACGGUGGAGGCUGCUACACUAAUGAGCUGCUAAAAAUGGUGGAAGAGGCCAAACAAGCAGAAAUGGCCAUCAUAAGAGCAACAAACGAAGGACUAUCGGAGGAAGAGGUGACAAGAGAAGCUAAACAACAAACGUGGAAAAAACUUUUGAAAUGCUUUGCAGGGGUUUCCACUGGACUAAUAAUUGGAGCUCUUCUUGGAGCAGUUUCAGAUUGA